AUGGUGAAAGGUCUCUCUCCUGCCGAGGUUGCUCUGGGGCUCAAACGUAUCAAUGGGUUAGCCGCUCCAAGAUGGACAAUGCAAUCUUUACAAACACCACCUUCACAAGUACUCCGCAGUCACUAUCAAUUUCGUAAUUUUAAGAGCACAUGGGAAUUCUUGAACAAAGUAGCUAGUAUAGCCCAUUUAAACAGGCACCACCCAACUAUUACAACGACUUACAACAAAGUAGAUCUUGAGUUGACUACGCACGAUGCAGGAAAUAGCAUCACGGAGAAAGAUAUCGAUGUUGCAGAGGCAAUACUGACAGAAUACAUAAAGUUUACAACCUCGAGAUGGGCAUAG